AAAAAACAAAAUGGCAGCCAAAUCAAUCAUGGAUGUGGUUAGAGAUAUGAGGCGGACGUCCGUCAUGCGCAGAACUUCGGUCUUUAACGUGGAUUUUUUGAUCACUCGCCUACCAGACAAGCUGAUGCUCCAGAUCCUUUCGUAUUUGAAUCAAUCAGAGCUAUGCAAUAUUGCUCGUGUUUGCAAGCAGUGGCGAAGAUUUGCAUAUGAUCCAUCCCUAUGGCAAUCACUCAACAUGAGACCUGAAUACGGAGGAUUGUAUGUGCGCUCUGUUGACGAUCUACUCAAUCUCAUCCAUCACCGCUCAGGAGCUGGUUUGCGACAUAUUGAUCUAUCAAGCGAUCUGAUCACCGUGCCAGUUCUCGAGGAACUUGGCAACCGGUGUCCUGUUCUGCGAAAUUUGACUUUGGACUUUAGCAACGCUAUGCAGCUGCACGAUUUUAAUGAACUCGCGGCGUUCCCAACUUCUCUCCGCUGGUUAUGCAUAUGCCUUAGUGAUGUCAUCUUUAUGGAAGGGUUGAUGAGGAAGAUUUAUUCCUGUCUUUCGUCCUUGGAGGUGUUGCACUUAAUUGGUACUUUUGAACAAGCCACAGAGGAGGAAGAAGAAAUCUAUGAGGUGAUAAACAUCAGCAAAAUCAAAGCGCAUACACCCAAUCUGCGUGUGAUCAACCUGUAUGGGAUUAACUUUAUUGAGGACAGUCACGUAGAGCUCCUAGCUACAAACUGCAUCCACCUGGAAUGUGUCGCGCUCAACUUCUGUCUGAACGUCAAAGGUUCAUCGUUUUCCCUAUUAAUUGCUAACUGCACCAAAGUAAAGACCCUCCUUCUGGAACAUUGCGGUCUCAAGGAUGAGUACAUGAUGGCUGCACCUUGGGAAAAAUCUAAAAUAUGUGAACUGGAUAUCACAUCCACUGAGCUGUCAGCUGAAUGCUUGGAGAACUUCAUUCCCCGUAUUCCGUACUUCACCUAUCUUGCAGUGGGACAUAGCGAUUUCUUCAACGAUAAGCUUUUGAAUCAUCUUUGUGAAGCUGGCAAAUUCCACAAACUCAGGGCGAUCGAUCUUAGUUUUACCCCUUCAUUAGGCGAGCAGUCCAUUACAAACUUUCUGAAAACUUACGGGAACAAUUUGGAAGGUUUGAUGCUUCACGGGAAAGCAUCUUUGGCUGAAUACUUUUGGACAAAUGUGAUUUCUUCGUUGCGUUCAGUCAAGAUAUGUGUUCUGGGUGCCGCGCACGGCUGGUUUUUCAAGUACAACACACGGGUUCAUAUCGACAAAAUCCUCGAAAGUUUUGCUGCCCAUUGCCCCAAUUUGGAAGCGUUGGAAAUUCAGUGGGACCCGGACACAAUCAGAUUCAGUGACAAGAGCCGGAAAUUCAUAGAUCGAAUAAGGCUAAAGUGCUCCAGACUGAAGUCUCUGACACUGAGUGACGGGAAGUAUUACGAAAUGGUCAAAGGCAACUUCGAACGGGCUCACUGUCCCCGAGUUGUACGAACUAAUACCACCUACAACACGAGCAUCGUCAGUCUUCUAGAACACUACAAGGAUCUUCGAUUCAACUGAUGAACCCCGAAAACAGGAUGUCUUUAAAAGAGUUUUUGACGGAGACUUUGAACUUCGGCAAUGCCCGAAUCCGACGACCUGGUUGGCUGUUGUACACCCCACUUGGUCUGUGAUCUACGUCCACAGGAGCCCGAAACGGACCUCGCUUGUACCUCGCUUUGCUUGCCAGCCUGAAAAAAUCCCACUGCUCAAAGAAUCGCACGUGCUAGCCCAAUGACCUUAAAUCUGACGCCCGUAACGGGGCUCUCCGAAAACCGAAGUAUGUCAGGCCAAUGAUGCCACUGCACUGCCACACCCACAACUGCACUGCACACCCGCAACUAUUCGCUCAAUUCGACCGCAUCAUCUCGCCCACGCGUUCCACUUACUGCGAAUAC